AUGAAGCUUCUUACUAACGAUCUGGGUCUGGCCUUGCUUAAUGUGAUACUCAUCUGCAAGCUCAAGGAUUCGGUGGCUAAUGCCAAUUCAUCAGGACACCACACCAAAGAAAAUCACAUCUGCCAAGUGUCGCAGCUAUCAAAUAAAUCCAUACCCUCGCCUAGGCCCGAAAAUCCGAGUUUCAGCGCUGGCAAAAGCGACGAAGAGUAA